GAAUUUUCAACUGUCAUCAGAACUCGCAAUGAGGAAACCCACAUCGAAGAAUUUGCGCAACCAACAACGGUUAUCCGAGGUGCAGGAAGUUGAUCUCCUUGAGUCAUGGAUUGAAUUCGGGAAACCUGAUUCUGGUUUGAACCCUUUAUCGUUAGCACCAUUGCUGAAAGACAGCCCGAUUGGUCGCAUAGACGAGAGCUCCUUCUCUAAGUAUGCUGGAUGCACAAGGUUCUAUCAGUUGCCUCUGUCUAGGAAAACCAAAGAUGGAUUGAGUGAUUCAAAUUAUACUGAGAUGACAGAGAUCCAGAGGGCUUCACUGCCGCAUUCGUUGUGUGGGCGUGAUAUUCUCGGUGCUGCAAAAACUGGGUCGGGCAAGACACUCGCAUUUCUCAUUCCGGUGUUAGAGAAAUUGUAUAGAGCAAGAUGGGGUCCAGAGGAUGGGGUAGGCAGCAUCAUAAUUUCCCCGACAAGGGAAUUAGCAGGUGAACUUUUUGACGUGUUGAGAAAUGUAGGAGGGAAUCAUAGUUUUAGUGCAGGCCUUCUAAUUGGUGGCCGCAAAGAUGUUGACACAGAGAAAGAGCAUGUCAACAAUCUUAACAUCUUAGUUUGCACUCCUGGUCGGCUUCUUCAGCACAUGGAUGAGACGCCGAAUUUUGAUUGUUCACAGCUCCAGGUGUUGGUGCUUGAUGAGGCGGACAGGAUUCUAGAUUCAGGAUUUAAAAAGGCAUUAAACUCAAUUCUUUCACAGCUCCCAAAACGGCGGCAAACCUUGCUGUUUUCAGCAACUCAAACAAAGUCUGUUCAGGAUCUAGCAAGGUUAAGUUUGAAGGAUCCAGAGUAUAUCAGUGUGCACGAGGAGUCUGUAACUGCUACUCCUAGUCGUUUGCAGCAGACUGCAAUGAUUGUUCCUCUUGAUCAGAAGAUAAACAUGCUGUGGAGUUUCAUAAAGACACAUCUUAAUUCUAAGAUCCUUGUGUUUCUUUCGUGCUGCAAGCAGGUGAAAUUUGUCUUUGAUGCAUUCAAGAAGUUGCGACCAGGAAUCCCUUUGAAGUGUCUGCAUGGACGGAUGAAGCAGGAAAGAAGAAUGGGAAUAUAUUCUCAGUUCUGCGAGACACGAUCAGUUCUCUUUGCAACUGAUGUUGGAUCAAGAGGACUUAAUUUCAAUAAUGCAGUUGACUGGGUUGUCCAGGUGGACUGUCCGGAGAAUGUUGCAUCUUACAUUCAUAGAGUUGGUCGAACUGCUCGUUAUCAUUCGGGGGGAAAGUCAGUUUUAUUUUUGUUGCCUUCAGAAACAGAAAUGCUGAAAAAAUUGGAAGAGGCAAAAAUACCGAUUAAGGUCAUAAAGGCGAACUCGAAAAGACUAUUGUCUGUUUCUAAAGCAUUGGCAGAGUUGCUAGUAAAGUAUCCAGAUAUGCAAUAUCUAGCUCAAAGGGCUUUCGCCGUAUAUUUAAGAUCUAUAUAUAAGCAGCACGAUAAAGAAGUCUUUGAUGUGAUGAAACUGCCGCUGGAAGAUUUUUCUGCAUCAUUGGGGCUUCCUAUGACCCCCAAAGUCCUUUUCUCGAAUCAGAAAAUCAAGUGGAAAAAAUUACCUGAGGAAGAAGGUCCACCUCUUCAACAUGGAAAUGUUGUGAAAGAUGAGGUGUUCAAAAUUCGAAGAGAAAAACCACAUGUUAAUGAACUAGAGGAAGAAGUGGAACAUGAUUUCCUUUCAGCAAAGGAGGCUGCAGUGGAGGGAGAAGCAAAUGAAGAUUCUAUCCCAGCAACCAGGAUUUUGAAGAAGAAGAAACUGAAAAUCAAUGUACACAGACCAAUAGGUACUAGAGUUGUUUUUGACGAGGAAGGCAAUACACUUCCACCUCUUGCGGCAUUAGCUGAGACAGCAAGUGCAGAUGGCUUGCUUAAGCUUGACAAAGUAAAAGAAAGAUAUGAGAAGUUGAAGGAAGAGAUGAAGCAGCGGGACAAGGAGGACAAAUUGUUACUCCGCCAGCGUCUCCGAGAGAAACGUACUAAGGAGAAGAUGAAGUUGACGAAAGUGAGGCCUGAAGAAGAGGAUGUUAGUGAGCAUGAAGAAGAUAUUUCUGGGUCAGAUGGAGAAGAAAGUCAUAACAAAGCUAGGAAGAGAUCAAAGAUAUACUUUGAGAGCGAGAGCGAUGAUGAUGAAAAGAAAGGAAAGAAGGAUAAUGUUCGUUUUAGUGAAGACUCCAUAUCUCUAGGAGAGCAAGAAGCCCUGGCUCUUAAGUUGUUGAGUUCUAUGCACUCAUAAAUGGUGGCGAUUUUAGCUUAACGUAAACCGCCAUAUACAAUUAAUUAAGCAGGAUGAGUGUUCUAAGCUUUUUUAAUCCUUGCAAACUAGGAAUUUUGUUCUGAGAAAAGUUUUGAGAAAAUUUGUGCUGUUAUCAGUAAGAUGUGGGACAAUGUAGUUUGUUUUCA